AAGUAUGGUUGGAUGUAAGUUUAUCGGAUGUAAGAGGAUAACCUAAAAUUUUAUAUUUUUUAUUCGAGAACUGUGUUGUGUUUAUAAAAUACAAUGAUUAUAAAGUAAAGUGUUGACAGUUUUUACGGUCUGUAAGUGGACAAAUAUCAUCAAAGACAAAUUCAAUAUACCUCUAUUAACCAAUGUUAACCAUCUUUGUUGUAUACUAUUCAUACAAUCGAUAGCUGAGGGGGGGGAAGUAGGUACCUACAUGUUAAAAUGAAAUGGGUUUACUUCUGCGAGGUCUUAUCGUAAUAAAAAAUAGCUUAAGAUCUCACAAAAUGUAGGUAAUGAGAUAUUUUUGUAUUCUGUUCUUUCGGAAAUCAAAACUUUGUUCUGUGUGUUAAAUCUAGUGCUAUUUAGUUCCUUAAUAUCGAAACUUUUUAUCAGAAGUUAUGAUGUAAAUUUGUGUCAAAAUGACUACUAAAGUGGACAAACAAAUAAAUGGCAAUAAUGGUAUAAAGAGCCACCCCAGCUGCUCUAAAGGUUCUCAAAUAAAAAAUAAUGACCACUACUCUCAGUACAAAGAAGAAACUUUUAAAUUUGAAAUACCUCCAGAAGCCCCAGUAUUUUAUCCUACAGAAGAAGAAUUUCAGGAUCCUCUUGCCUACAUAGCAAAAAUAAGACCUGUCGCGGAAAAUACAGGAAUAUGUAAAAUUAAACCACCAUCACACUGGCAACCUCCAUUCGCAGUUGAUGUAGAUAAAUUAAGAUUUACUCCUAGAAUCCAACGGCUAAAUGAAUUAGAAGCAAAAACUAGAGUAAAACUAAACUUUUUAGAUCAAAUUGCCAAAUUCUGGGAAUUGCAAGGUUCUUCUCUUAAAAUACCUAUGGUAGAAAGAAGAGCCUUAGAUUUAUAUACUUUACAUAGAGUGGUACAAAUAGAAGGUGGAUUUGAUAAUGUAACAAAAGAGAGAAAAUGGUCUAAGAUAUCUCAAAGAAUGGGCUAUCAAGCUGGUAAAAGUAUAGGAACAAUCCUAAAAACCCAUUAUGAGAGACUUCUGUAUCCAUUUGAUGUCUUCAAAGCUGGAAAGACUUUAGAUGUGAAACUAGAAGAUAUUGCUGAUGAUAUCGAGAAAGCAGACAAAGAUUACAAACCACACGGCAUUGUUAGUCGCAUGCAGAUCAAGCCACCACCUGAGAAAAAUGCCAGGAGAUCCAAAAGAUUUGAUAUCAAUGAUGAAAGCAAGACUGAUAACUUAGCGAACUUAGCACUUAAGAUAAGGGAAGAAAAGUCAGAGGAGGAUGAAGAAGAAAAUAAGGAACUGAGACGCUUACAAUUUUAUGGAGCUGGUCCAAAAAUGGCUGGAUAUGAUGAGAAGAAGGAAUCAAAACCAAGACAAAAAACUAUUAAAUAUGAUUUUGAUCCACUUGCAAAAUACGUCUGUCAUAAUUGCAAUCGGGGUGAUGCCGAAGAAUACAUGCUACUUUGUGAUGGAUGUGAUGACAGUUACCACACUUUUUGUUUAAUGCCACCUCUCACUGAAAUUCCAAAAGGUGAUUGGAGGUGUCCAAAAUGUGUAGCUGAAGAAGUAUCAAAGCCUAUGGAAGCCUUUGGAUUCGAACAAGCUCAGAGGGAAUACACUUUACAACAAUUUGGGGAAAUGGCAGACCAAUUUAAAUCGGAAUAUUUCAAUAUGCCUGUUCAUAUGGUACCAACUGGUACUGUAGAGCGUGAAUUCUGGAGAAUUGUUUCAUCCAUUGAUGAAGACGUCACUGUAGAGUAUGGUGCAGAUUUGCAUACUAUGGAUCAUGGUUCUGGUUUCCCAACUAAAUCAUCUACUAACCUCUUUCCAGGAGACAAAGAGUAUGCUGAUUCUAGUUGGAAUUUGAAUAAUUUACCAGUUUUAGAAGGGUCUGUACUAGGAUAUAUUAAUGCUGAUAUUUCAGGGAUGAAGGUACCUUGGAUGUACGUUGGAAUGUGUUUUGCUACAUUCUGUUGGCAUAAUGAAGAUCAUUGGAGUUAUUCAAUAAAUUACUUGCAUUGGGGAGAAGCAAAAACUUGGUAUGGAGUUCCAGGCAGUAAAGCUGAAUCUUUUGAGGAAACUAUGAAGUCAGCGGCACCAGAACUAUUUCAUUCCCAGCCUGAUCUACUUCAUCAGCUGGUCACUAUAAUGAACCCUAAUAUUUUGAUGAAUGCAGGAGUGCCUGUUUACAGAACUGAUCAGAAUGCUGGAGAAUUUGUUGUCACAUUUCCUAGAGCUUACCAUGCUGGAUUUAACCAAGGAUACAAUUUUGCUGAAGCUGUCAACUUUGCUCCUGCAGAUUGGUUAAGAAUGGGACGAGAAUGUGUUUUACAUUAUUCUCACUUGAGGAGAUACUGCGUUUUCUCACAUGACGAACUUGUUUGCAAAAUGGCUUUGGAUCCUGAAAAAUUAGACUUAACAAUUGCAGCUGCUACUUAUCAAGACAUGUUGGUCAUGGUUGACACAGAAAAGAGGUUGAGGAAAACUUUACUAGAUUGGGGUGUCACAAAUGCUGAAAGAGAAGCUUUUGAACUUCUCCCUGAUGAUGAGCGACAAUGUGAAGUUUGUAAAACUACAUGUUUUUUAUCUGCAAUGACUUGUAAAUGUUCAACUGAUAUUUUAGUUUGCCUGCGGCAUUAUAAGAAUCUGUGUGAAUGUUCUCCUCAGAAUAGAACUCUGAGGUACAGAUACACUCUAGAUGAACUGCCCGUUAUGCUGAAAGCUUUGAAAUUGAAAGCUGAAUCCUUUGAUCACUGGGUGUCUAGAGUGAAGGAUGCGUUAGAUCCAAAAACUCCGAAGACUCUGAAUUUAACUGACCUUAAAGAAUUACUUAGUGAGGCUGAUGGUAAAAAAUUCCCUAAAUGUGAUUUACUUCAGACAUUAACUAGCGCUGUAGAGGAUGCUGAAAAGUGUGCAAGUGUUAUACACCAGCUAGAUUUGAAUAAAAUGCGUACCCGAACUAGAAAUUCUAAUGAUACAAAAUACAAGUUGACUGUCGAAGAACUCACUUUGUUCUGUGAAGAAAUUGAUAGUCUUGCUUGUAUUUUAGAAGAAGCUAAAAGCAUUAGGGAAUUAUUGCAACAAACAAAAAAAUUUGAAGAAAUGAGUGAAAAGUUUUUGGCCUUAUCUCUCUCAGAAUGCUCCAUACCUGAAUUGGAAGCUUGUCAUUCCCAUGGUAGUGGGCUGUGCAUAGAACUUCCAAAUCUGAGACUUGUAGCUACAAGACUAAAACAGUGCCAAUGGAUGCAAAAUGUAGAUAAUUAUAAGAGUAAAACAGAUGUUAUGGGAUUAGAUGCAAUCAGAAAUUUUAUUCAAGAAGGAACUUCUUUACCCCCUCAUCCUGAAUUAGAAGAAGAAUUGUCCAAUUUACAAGGAAUUUUACAAACCAGUGAAGAAUGGGAAGAACAAGCAGCCGAAAUCCUUAAGUCUGAAGAUAAUAACGUCUUGAUUCAAGUAGACAAACUCUUGAAAGAAGCUUCCAAAAUAUCUUGUUUCUUACCUACAGAAGGUCAUUUAUUUGACUCUAUGAAAAAAGCUAGGGAUUGGUUAAGAUUGCUAGAAGAAAUGAAUUCUGCAGAGUAUUAUCCAUAUUUUAGUGCAAUGGAAGAAUUAAUAAAGAAAGGAAGAUCAUUAGCUUUGCAUUUAAUAGAGGUGGAUAGAAUGAAUGAUUAUUUAGUUCUUGCCACGGGAUGGAAAGAAAGAACAAGUAGAGCAUUUCUAAGAAAAAAUUCCGCUUGCACUCUGAUGGAAGCUUUAUCUCCAAGAAUAUCCAUAUCUAACGGUAUUAAUAAAACAAACAAAAAAAGUAAAAUCAGUGAAGAAGAUCAUUCGAGUAUAUCUCUAACCAAUGCAAUGGAUCCUGCAGCUGUAGUCGCUGUAUUUAAAGAUGCUGAGGAUACAGAGAUGGCUUUACUUAAAAAACUCAGAGCCACCAAUAUGGCUAAAAGCUUGGAUCCUAGCUCUAACAGUACUUUCUGUAUUUGUGGAAGAGGAGUAUAUGGUAUUAUGAUGCAAUGUGAAUUAUGCAAAGAUUGGUUUCAUUCAACUUGCACACAACUUCCAAAAUUAUCCACCACAAAGUUCAAAGGAAAUUUUGCAUCUGUUGCUCUUCACAUGGGUUUUAAAGACUGUAAAUUUCUAUGUCCAAAUUGUCAACGUACAAAGCGUCCUCGAUUGGACAUAAUUUUAGGACUACUUAUGUCUUUACAAAAAUUAUAUGUUAGAGUACCUGAAGGUGAAGCCUUGCAAUGUCUUACAGAACGCGCUAUGAAUUGGCAAGAUAGAGCCAGGCAACUCUUACAGCAUACUGAAUUAGAAAUAGCUAAAAGUAAGCUGGCUAUGUUCAGCCAAAAAUACAAUGAAGCAGCUGCGAGACAAAGGACUGAAAAAAUUAUAUCUACCGAACUCAAACGAGCUUCAAAAAAUCCUGAAUUGCACCAAAGAGUGCAAGAAAUCACUCCUUACAGCGGUGUUAUUACUGAAGAUGGUAUAACUUGUGAUAGUGGAAUCAAUGAUUCUGAUGAUGCAUCCAGAGAUUCACGAGAAUCCGACGAUCGAAUGGGUGAACAUGCAUAUUCAUUACAUUUGCCUAAGCUUGGAGAUGAAGAUUAUUCCCUUCUUCUGAAUACAGAUAUCAGAAAACAAUUAGAAGAAUUGCUUACUGAAGGAGACUUGUUGGAGGUUUCGUUAGAUGAGACUUUUGCUUUAUGGAAGUUAUUGCAAGCAUCACGUGAUCCUGUAAAAGAACCAAUAUUUAUUGAUUUUGAUGCUCAUAUGAAGAACACUGCCAAAAAAAGAGGUCGUAAGAGGCUUUCAGAAGAAUCGGAUUCCAAGAAAGUGUCAAAAACUGCAAAAGUAGAUCAAGAGAAAAAAAUUCGAGGUCGUAAGGUGAAAACUAACAAGGAAGGUGGUAAAAAACGAGCAUAUAAAAAACGUGUUGGGAGGUGUCAGUCUACAGCUUCAGAUAGUGACGAUGAUGACGCCGACGAAAGCUGCGCUGCAAACGGUUGCCAAAAGCCUACCGGCCAAAAUGUUGAUUGGGUUCAGUGUGAUGGAGGCUGUGAACAAUGGUUCCAUAUGGCCUGUGUUGGACUUUCAGCUGAAGACAUUAAUGAAGAUGAAGAUUACAUCUGCAUCACCUGUUCUAAAACCACUACCUACGAAAAUUUGGGUAGUCGUUCUAGUAGUCCCAGAUCUCCUGAUUCUACACAACCUUCCACUUCAAAAGAUGCUUCAUAGUGCAAAGUGUUGGACAAUCACUCUUUUGCAAAUGCAACACUAGACAAAGUGAGAAAGUAUUUUAGUAGAUUAUAUAUACACAGUUCAGUUGUGAUAAUUUAAUGAUAAGGAUUGUAAAAUAUUUUUAUUGUAUCACUUUCUGUAUAUUUUUGUCUAUUUGUCUAUUUAUCCUCAUUUAUAUUAAGUUUCAUUGUAAAUACUUCAAAAUCAUAACCUGAAAUAAGUAUCAAUUAUAAAGGAAAAAGUAAAUUGGAAUUUCCUGCACACAUUAUUUGGAUUUUUUAGUUAACAGCAUCAGAGUAAAUUAAAAGUAUUUUCAACAACCAUAUAAAAUGUACAUCUAAUACAGUCUGAGAUAAUUUAAAAAAUAAAAAACGAGAUGCAAGUGUCUUGAGGCAUUAUUUCGUCAUAGAUCUCAUUUUAUGUUGAAAAUUAUAUGUGUGAUGAAGUACAGUGAUGAACUUUCCAAUUAUUUUUAGACCCAAAUAAAUUAAUGUAUGUAAAUUGCCAUCUUUAGUACUCAAAUCUUCUCCUUUUUGCUUAACUAUAUCAAUUUUUAGAGAAUUCCUUCAUAUUUUUAUCCUAAACUCUAUAAUUGUUUAUUUAUUUGAUAAUAAGUAUACUUAUUAUCAAAUUCUCACUAUCUGCAAAAUCUAUCACAAACUUGAAUUUUUAUCAUGUCAAUAUAGUUUCUAUUGCCCAUUCAGUUGGUUGCAGAUGUUGUAGAUUAUACCAUUUGUUAUAAAGUUUUUCAAAUAAUAGUUACACAGAAUUCUUAAACUAGUGGAGAAUAUUGGGAAAAUAUUUAAAAUGUUGACAAAAUAGGAUAGUUGAAAGAGACAUUACACUUAUCUCACAAUUGUGUUUAUUCAUAUCUGAGUUCGACAAUUCACCUGAAUGGUAUUCGUAAAAUAAAUACUAUAAUAACAACCCAAUAGGUUUAAUAUUACCUAACCUCAACAAAUUUUUUUUCGUCUUGUUUAUUUUAUCUUUUACGAAUCUAUAUAAAAAGGGGUUAUUUCUUAGUAAUAGAUACAUUAACUUAUGUGUUUGUUUUAAUUACCUUACCUACCCUUUUCUUGUAUUUUGAAAAUUCAAUAAUGUGAAAUCACACAGUCAUCAUUACUUUUACAUGCAUUCUUCAAUAUUUUCUUACAUAUAUUGUGGUAUGGUAAUCACAUUGGAACUAAUGGGAUAACUAUUACAAUUAACAAAAGUAAUUUUAUAUUGUAACUAACUUAAAAAUCCAAACAAUAUUCCAAUUCCAUUUUUUUAGUAUUGAAGCUAUCCUUCAUAAUCCCUUGUUUAAAUUUGAAAUAGGUUUGAUUUUUUAUACUUCACUCUGCAUAUAAUAAAUAAUUUGAACAAAUUGGUAACAUUAAUGCCUUUAAAUACUUUUAUUUUGAGAAAUUUGCUUAUAUUUAUUUUAUUAUUUGGUCCCUGUAAAAAUCUGUCAUAUUACUUUAUUCAUUAUAUCGCUAGUUUUGCAAAAAUUUCUUAUAUAUCAGGACUAUGUACACUACAGUUUUUAAAAUCGAUAUAUUUUACUUUGCUUCAGAUUGAUAAUAAUCUAUUUUGAUUCUACGUAUCAUUGAUGUCUUUUAGACUAGUACACUGGAAUACAAAAUUUGUUUACUAAAGAUCAAACCAUACUUUUAUGUAUAGUUUUCUUGUUGAAUGUGAAGUCAUUUCUCCUGUAUAAUUACAAUAUUUCCCCAUAUAUUUGUAUGCAAAUAAAUUUCUCUAUAACAAUAUUGAGCAAAUAUAUUUACUUGCUAUAUUGCUUCUCACUUACUUCAUUCAGUAAAAAAUUUGUUAAAUUGAAACAAAACUCUCAUUUGAUAUACUUUAGUGGGACCAGACUUUAUUCUGUAAGUGUGUUUUUUAAAUGUAGAUAUUAUUUUAAUAGCUCUUCUAGAACUAGAUUUGAUUUGCCCUUGAUAUCAUUUAAUUUAUCAAAUUGAUGAAGACAUCCGUUUCCUGAUACUUUUUAAUGUACAUUAUGUUGUAGCGACAAAUUUUUUUUUCCAGACAAUAAAUAAAUAAAAUUUUUCUAGGCAGAUAUUUCAUUAUUAUAAAUCAUUUAGAAUCAAAAUAAAUUGUUGAAAUGUUUUCAGAGCUUAUCAUAUUAUUCAUUGUUUCAUUAUAAUCGUUUCUACAAGGUAUAAACCAAAGAAAAUAUGAACUUUUAGUAUGUGUUUACGAAAAGAACUUUGUGAAAAUAAGUAUACAUAAGUCUAUUUUUAGUUCCAAACAUUUAUCGAAUGCCCGUCUCAAAGCUAGUACAAUAAUUUGGUUGUUAUGGAAUAAUAGUUGUAGCUAGUUACAUGUUUGGUUCUGGUAAUAAUACGUGUCAAAAAUUUCAGCAUGUUACCAAAUGCCAAUAACUCUUCAUUUCCAAUAUAUUGAUUUAUAAAUCCGACUUUUGAAGUAUAAAAUGAAAUGGAUGGAUUAAAGCACCACAUAUAAAAAUAUUUUUUGUUCACUAUAAGAUCUAUUAUUUUUGUAUUCUAUUUCUAAGUGUAUGUUGUUUACGAUAUGUAUAUAUUUCUUAAUUUCCUUAGAUAUGUUUAUGUUUCUAAAUAUUCUUGAUGAUCUUAGGUCUCUUCUGUUUUAAAAUUAGUUUUUUUUUUGAUAAUUUUUUUAAAUGAAAUAUAAAAAUUCACGUUUUGACUUUUUUUAAGUCUUUAUGAAAGACGAAAAAUUAUCCAAAAAACUAAUUUUGGAACGGAAGAGACCUAAAAUCAAGAAUAUUCAGAUACAUUUAUAUAUGUACCGUUCAUUGUAAUAGUGAAUUACCUCCUUGUAUUUAAAUUUCGAGAAACAAAAGGUUUUGCUAAUUGACGUGUAUUAAAAAAAACACAAAUAUUUGUUCAGUGUUAUAUAUAUAUAUAUAUAUAUAUAUAUAUAUAUAUAUAUAUAUAUAUAUAUAUAUAUAUAAUUGUUAAGGACAAAUCAAAGAUUAUAUUAGCAGAUAGUAACUUAAAAAAAACUUUUUUAAUAGAAGAAAAAACAUUUUUCUUUUCUGGAGUUACUUCACUGUUAAUGUGACAUAGUCAAACAUAAUGUCAUUUCGUUUAGUAUUUUAAUCGUAUAUUAUUUCGUGAUCAGAUGAACGCUCAUCAGCGUUAUGUGUGUUUGAUCGAAUUGGAAUAUCUACUGGCAGAUUUUUGUAAAAUUGGUGGUGUAUACGGAAUAUACGGUAGAAGAUCGAGCAUAUCCUUUUUCUUAGCGUUAGUAAUAGGUCUUUUUGAUUGAUAUUGUGGGUCUUGUUGAAUAUUGAACAAGUAGGCAGGUCAUCCUUACUGCUUUUUAGAUAGAUCUACUCUAUAGAAUGGCGUAUCAGGGUUAAACGUCUCUUUAAAUAGAAAUUGUAAGGCAUUAUUUCUUUUAAACCUCGGCCAGCUGAAGUCGUAACCGCAAGUUGUUUUUUUUUAUUGGUUAUAGAUUUUUCUAAGGCCGCAGUGCUUAUAAAGUUGGAAUUUUUAUUUCGGUAACAACAAAGUAAGGUUCUUUGCGCUUAGCAUUUUUUAUAUCCAUCCAUUGUUCCGAGCUGUAAAUUUGUGCAUGACGGCGACUUGCACUCUCAAUGAUCCCAAAUUCCCCAUCAUUACGUAAAUAAGAAUGCCCUGACACUAAAAACUUGUGGUCUAUUGUGUUAGGUAUGCUAUGUAUUAUAGCGAUACUAUUGCCCGGGUUUUGUACCAGCUUUAAAAGUGAAAGUGUGGUCUUUAUAUUUCGAUUUUGUCCAGUGCAAGAAUCAAUACAUGAUUGUGAUUUUUUAGAGCCACGUAAGUUUUUAAGUGUUUGACGAGACAGACUGCAAUGUCUUGAGAACCACGCCUACCUUCUACCUCAUUCCAGACGUUCAGGUAUCCUGUUUUAUUAUUAAAACAAUGUAUUCCAAAUUAUAUAAAUAUAGAUUUCUUUUAUAGUAUGCCACCGAUGUAGUUAAUUUUGGAUAUGCUAAAACUUUUUGCAAAUCAAAUGUAAGUAUGUAUGCCUCAUUAGUCUUUUUCGCAUCAAUUUUUAGGUUUUCCCUAGCCGAAUCUGCUUUUCUUUGGUGUAGUUCCUUUUGAACAUCAAACUCUUUCUUUGCGUUUUCGUCGUCAGUUCCGUUUAUUUUAAAAUUCAAGUCUUGCAUGUAUCCUGCCGCGGCGAUUUAAAAUGCAGUUUGAACUUGGUGUUGAAAACUUUAUUAUUUAUUAGUAUUUAUAUUUUUUAGGUUCAGUCAUUUCAGUCCCACAUUUUUCUUUAUGGAGAUCGUACAUCUUUUGGAUAGUUAACACAAGAUUUAAAAACUUUCGGUUAGGAUUAUUUUUUCGGGUGUAAUGACUUUGGUAUGCUGGAAAACUUUAGAUGUGAGCUAUGAUGUCAAAAUCAUCAAGUUUUCGAGAACUACUAGUAGUGCCUCGAUUAUCCUUAGAAUGAGAGACGUCGCUUUUUGACAGGCAUCGAUAUAAUCUUCCAUCACUAAUUUGGAACGUCUUUAAAAAAUAUUUCUCACAUACUAAGUGUGUCUUGAUAUUGGACUUAAGAAAAUACUUGAAAGAUACGUUUUCAUCAGAGCUUGUGCUCGUAUCUGUUUCUGAAACAAAUACAAAAAUCUUAGAACGAAAGAACAAAAAGUAUAGAAAUUACUUAUUAUAUAAAUUAUAUUCGUAUAAUUUAUAUUUUGUUCAUAAAGCUAAUAAACUUUAACUACGUCACGACAUUUUGAGGUUAUAAAAAUAAUGAAUCAAUUUAUUACUUAUCAGAUCCUGUUCGAUGUUUUUCAGAAUUAGGCUGGUAUUCAGAUCCGGAAUCACUAAAAUCUUCUAUGUUCGACAUAAUG